GCUCAUUGCAAGUGUAUGAAAAAAGUGUAAUCAGCAAGACAAGAUACGUGUUCCAUACUCUUGCCAGCCCUCGCUCCUACAACAAGCCGUUGCCAUUGCUCAGGCAGCGUGCAGAUUUGAUCGCGCAUUGGCUUAGCUGAUUUUCGCUUCCUGAUACCCUCAACGUCUCUCCCGCCCUUUCGACAAGAAUGAGCCCCAGCCAGCCGCCUUUCGCGGUCGAGUGCACCGGCGGCAAUGUCCUGGUGACCGAUGUCGCCACGGCCAUGGCGCUGCGUCGCGACCACCGCAUCGUCGGCGCGCUAAUCGCCUCGCACCCGGCCAAGCCUCAGCAAAACAACUACCUUGGUCUCCCGCUGCAGCUGCUGCCCGAAGAAGCCGCCGUACUGCAGCAAACCAACAUCAUCACCAUUACCGGCGACAAAUUCGCCUGGCCGCAGUCCGACCGCGACACUGUGCGCCUCAAGCUGUACAAGCACUUCCGCGAGCUGGGGUACUAUGUCACACGGGCCGUGAAGUUUGGCGGCGACUUCCUUUUGUACCCAGGCGAGCCAAUGCGCUAUCAUUCACCGUUCGUAGCCACCCUGGUUGGGUUUGACGAGAAGUUCAGGCCCAGGGAGCUGGUUGCGCUGGGGAGACUUGGCACCAACGUCAAAAAGACCAGGCUGAUGUGCGCGUGGGAUGCGGACCGCCAGACAUUCAGCAUUAUCAGCAUGAACUGGUCUGCCAUGGGCUGAUGAUCCGCAUAACGAAAUCGCCCACCUUUGAAACCAAGCAUACAUACUGUUUCUCUACAUUCUUCUGCCUCCAACAUCUGCGUCGCCCAACGUGUCUAAGAAAGUAAAAUACCAUCGGAUAGUAUAAAAGUAGACGGGAAUAUAAAUUUUUAAGGAGGUUUUCCAAGUGAGAGCGAGCAAGAAGAAGGAAAGACUCUAGUUCUUUGUGCUGGUGAGCUUGCCGUAGAUGUGCAGCAAGAACACCGACGCAAUGAACACAAGGCUGAGCACAAGCACAACCACCGGAUCCACCUUGAGGCCCGGCGCAUCGUCCGUGUACAGCCGCAUCAUCGUCUGAGUGCUGCCCGUGGCCCGCGACACCUGCCGCCCAGUAGCUCCACCGCGGCUCGAUGCCUGAGAGCCACCACGACGAGCCCU